CGAGCUCUAUGAAAUCUGGCAAGACAUUCCUGUGCCAGUGUACAUGCAGUUCUACUUCUUCCAUGUCCACAAUGUGCAGGAAGUCAAGGCAGGCCACAAGCCAUCUGUUACUCAACGUGGACCUUACACAUACAGAGAGAGGCGUGUGAAAUAUAAUAUAGUUUGGAACUCAAAUGGCACUGUGACCUACAGACAGAAUCGUACAUUUUAUUUUGUGCCUGAAAUGUCUGUAGGAAAGGAGACAGACUUAAUUACUACAAUAAACCCACUAAUGGCUACUCUCGCCCAGGGCUUCCAGUGGUUCCCAAGUUCCAUAAAGUCGGUAAUCUCCAUGGUGCUGGCAUUAAUGACGGAUGAGUCUAUGUUUACUACCAGGCCAAUCGUUGAACUGCUGUGGGGUUACGAGGAUCCAACAUUGCUCAAAAUAAAAAGUUUUCUACCGUUUUUUAUCACCUCAUCAAAUAUUGGUUAUUUUAUAGGGAGAAAUUAUACUGAUGAUGGUUUGUACACUGUGUCCACGGGAGAAACAGAUUUAGGAGAGCUCGGAAAAGUACAGCUGUUUAAUGGGAGAAAGGAUGUAAAUAUCUGGACCACACCCUGGGCAAGAAUGGUGAAUGGAACAGACGGAUCAUUAGGACCACCUUUUGCAUUUGACAAAAAGAUAAAUUAUGCUUUUGUAUCUGACCUUUGCAGGUCUAUUAAAGGUGUAUAUACUGGUGAUACCUCAGUCAAGAAUAUACCAUUGAGGCGGUUUGGAGGCGACCCUAAUGACAUGCUGAAUGCCUCUGCUAACCCAGACAACAUCGGUUUCUGUGUGCCGCCGACAAAAUGUCUUCCUUCUGGGCUGCUCAAUGGAACACUAUGUCAGAAGCCUGUUAAUGGCUUUAAGGUCCCUCUCAUUUUCUCGUUCCCACAUUUCCUGAACUCUGACCCGCAAGUGAUUAGCAGUGUAUACGGCAUGCAGCCAAGCCAAGUGGAACACGAGACAAUCCUUGAUAUUGAACCAUGGACUGGUCUGGUGUUGCAGGUAGCCAAGCGGUUACAAGUCAACAUGUUUGUAGCAAAAGUUAAUGGAUUUAUACAGACUGCCAACAUAAGGCCAGUGUUCUUUCCAAUUUUCUGGUUAAAUGAGAGCUCAGUGACAGAUGACAAGCGUGCUGACAUGCUCAAGUCUCAACUGUUUACACCGUUGCUGCUGGUGAAGAUUGUAGAGUUUGGUCUGCUCGGUACUGGCGGACUCAUGGUGCUUGUUGGAGCUGUUCUUCUGUUUAGAAGAUAUUUAAAAAGAAAGGUAGUGGAGACACGGAUAAUGCCAGAUCGUGAGAACAGCGGAAGGCUUGUUGUAGAUGUAGAUAAUGCAGGGGCUCAGAAUGUGUAUCCUUAUAUGUAUAGGGAUACAGAAGAUUGUACUAUGAUAGUCUAA